AUGGUUUGGUUAAAAAAAACCUACAAAUUUGUCGGUAGAAAAAAUGAAAACGCUGCAAAGUCAGAAAAAUGUAAAUUUGUACCAUUUUGGUGGACUUUAUUCAGUUGGAGACGUAAUGAUCUGAGUCGUCAGAAGAAUCAAAAAAUUAUCCCACAAACGUUAUCGUCACAAAAAGUAAACUCGCUUUUAUUUUUAAGCAUAUUCAAUUUUAUCCCUAGGUUAAUAAUACAUGAAAUUUGGGCAUGUAUCAUAGAAUAUUUUAGUCCUGAAGUACCGGAAAGACCCUACGCACUUCGAAUUCUUGACUAUUUUUAUGCACAAACACAAAGUUCAGCUAUAACCAGUCCUUAUAUGUUAUUUUAUUGUUAUUUAUACGGUGGAUUUUUAUAUCAGAACAUGGAUUACGUCUUUCAUUUAUUUAAAGUCUUCGCGGCUGUCUUGUUGUGGAUUAUAUAUCUUAUUCAUAUGACUUUAUAUUUACAUUCAUUAUUAACAACAACUCCUCAACUAUUCAACAAACCGUUCUUAUCCCAAAAUCCAAAGGAUUUUUGGUCAAAAAGAUGGCAUCAAAUGUAUAGGUCAAGUUUUACAGAACUUGGGUAUUUUCCUAUAAUUAAUUUUCUUGAAAAUUUUAAUAAUUCCUCAUCAUUAAGAGUAACAUUAUUUAGUCGUGUUAAUUCGGCUGGAAAAUUUCAUUUAAUGGUCUCUAAUUUCACAACAUUACUUCGAAGACUUGGUUCAUUAUUAGGUUAUAAAACAUUUUUAAGAAGUAAAAAAAUUCAAAAGGAUGUUCAAAACAUAGAAACUGUUAAUCAAAAUGAAGAAUUUUUAAAGAGUGAUCAUAUUUUUAAAAACAAAGAAUCAACAUUUACUGCUUAUGGUGAACUUUCAAGGGCUUUAGCAAUUAUAGGUAGCUUUCUCUGGAGUGCUAUAUUACACGAAUAUUUAUUUGUCGGUUUAUUUGGAUGGAAUAAUAGCAGAGGUGAACACUUUUCAUUUUUUUUGGUACAUGCAAUGAUAAUGAUCAUUUGGGAUGUAUUAGGAAAAUUAUUUAACAAAUGUUGGAGGUCAUAUUAUUAUUGUGGCCGUCAUGAAAAAAAUGAAUUGAAGAAGACAGGAAAUAUUUUAUUUAUGAUAAAAAAAAUCAUAGGAUUUAUGAUUUGGAAUUUUGUGUUAACUUUGACGUUACCUUGGUUUAUCGAACCUUAUAUUAGACUACGUCAUUUCUAUUGUGUACCUCAUCUGGGAUGUCAACGAAAACUUUAA